AUGCCACAGAGCAGCUCUUGUCUCAGAAGUGCUGCCUGACUUAAGCCAGGACUAAAAACUCAUGAGAAGAUGAGAACUGAAGCUCAAUAGAUAAAAUGAGAAGAAGAAACAUAUACCCCAGUCUUACCCACUAUAUGCCUGCUGAAAGGAAGAUGUCUGACGGAUUUUCACUAUCAGAUGCCCUGUCAGGGUCCAACAAUCCUAAUCCAAAUAUGCAACCGAAUCCUUGGGGGAAUCAGCCUGGUGCCUUCUCAGGUUAUCCCGGAGCACCAGGUGCAUAUCCCGGAGCACCAGGUGCAUUUCCUGGAGCACCAGGCGCAUAUCCCGGAGCACCAGGCACAUAUCCCGGAGCACCAGGCACAUGCCCAGGAGGAAUACCAGUACCUGGAGCAUACUUUGGAGGCCCACCAGGGCCUGGCACAUUUUCAAACACACCAGGAAUGGUCCCACCAGGGGCCUCAGGAAUGUAUCCUGCUCCCGGGCAACCCCUAAGUGAUAGAGGAGCACAACCAACUGCACCACAAAGUGGAGCUGGAGGAUUUUCUGGUCCAUUGAAAGUCCCUUUUGAGCUACUACUUCCUUCAGGAUUUGUGCCUCGCUUGUUAUUAACUGUGAGUGGGACAGUGAAUCCAAGGCCGGGCAGAUUUCAAGUAGAUUUAAAGAAGGGCAAUGACAUUGCUUUCCACUUUAAUCCUCGCUUUAAUGAGAGCAACAUGAAGGUGAUUGUAUGCAACAGCAUGAUUAAUAAUGUCUGGGGGACGGAAGACCGGACGGCACCCAGGUUUCCUUUUGAGGCUGGCAAACCUUUUAAGAUUCAGAUUCUCUGUGAAGCAGAUCAACUGAAGGUAGCUGUUGAUGACGCUCAUCUCAUGCAGUACAAGCACCGUAUUAAAGACCUGCAUCAGAUCACCAAGCUGUCUGUUUCUGGUGAUGUCACCCUCACCAGUGUCAUGCCUUCCAUGAUCUAAGCCAAGCCUUUGGUCCAUUGCAGCCUAGUGCUCAAUAUCCCUAUAAAACUGGCUGUUGUUUUCUAAAGAAAAUGAUAUAUUAAAUAGACUAUAUUGGGUAGUAACUAAUAAAUAAAAUUCUUAAAGGCUUCAA